AAGUAGCCCAGCAGGCAACAUGAGUAAUAGGACAACCAAGUCUUAUUGUUUCUUGAAGUUGCGCGCGCGCGUUUCGGACUGUUAGUGAUGAUAGUUUUAUUGCCUCAUAAAAAGGAACCUUUUGAAGGACAUUAAUGAUUAGACAUAUAGUAAUGCAUGCUUUAAACCCGUGAAGCAAUUGACGGGGAAAAGGAAACGGUAUUAGUACACGUUAGGGCACAUUUAGAGAGGAGGAGAUGCGGUUAGGGUGUUGGCUAGUAUAAAGGCACUUAGAUGGCUCAUAUUCCGCUGUAACUGUACUUGCUGUGACACCAGCGGUAAAGCAGCAGAGCGGACGCACCCACAGCAACUGUACACUGACAGGAACACUUCUCUGGACUUCUGGAUGCGGACGCAGCGGGAAAUAAUCCAACACGCAGAUUUUUGCAAAGGGGACUGAUUCUGUGAUGAUCGUGUGAUGACCACACAACUAAUAUGCGCAACAUUGUGGGUUGCCCUCCUUUAUCCCUUCUUCUUUUCUCUUUUCUGCUCAGUUGUUUUUCCUUAUUCAUUGUGAGCUGAAGAGAAUUAACCAUCCCUCCCUCCAAUCCUAUUGAGAAAAAAAAAACUGCGAAGAAAAAAAAGACAGAGGGAGAUGAGAGCAGCAAAUCCCCUUUUUAUUCCCCUCGUAGCGCUCAAUAACAGAAGAAUGUGUUGCCUAUCAGUCACCGAGGGGAUCAAGUCUUCGGGACUGUCCCACGCGUUCAAUGUGCCUUACAAAACAUCACUGAGAGAGACAGAGUGAAGAGGACAACAGCAGCAGCAUCCUGCCUGGACACUUCACAUCAUAGCAACCUGUCGCCUCUCCACGUCCAUUUAAGUCAAUUAGAGCUGCAGCAUCUCUCAUCGGACUGCGCUGUGUCAGGAUGAGGAGUCUGGCGCUGCUGCUGGGAGUGAAAGCCGCCUGCAUCCUCCUGGUGUCUUCGCUCUCACGCACAGGAGCCGUCAACAACAGCGGCCGGUGGUGGGGUAUUGUCAAUGUGGCUUCCUCAUCCAACAUUCUCACCAAUUCCAAGAAUGUGCAGUUGGUCCUGGACCCAAGCCUGGCCCUCCUGAAUCGUCGCCAGCGCCGGCUGAUUCGGCAGAAUCCUGGCAUCCUGCACGCUAUUGCUGCAGGGCUGCACACCGCCAUAAAGGAGUGCAAGUGGCAGUUCCGUAACCGUCGCUGGAACUGCCCGACCACCCACAGCUCCACUAUUUUUGGCAAAAUUGUCAGUCGUGGUUGCCGAGAGACAGCGUUUGUAUUUGCCAUUACCAGCGCAGGAGUGACCCAUGCUGUUGCUCGAUCCUGCUCCGAAGGAGCCAUUGAGUCGUGCACAUGUGAUUAUCGCCGGCGAGGUCCUGGAGGGCCAGACUGGCACUGGGGGGGCUGCAGUGACAAUGUGGAUUUUGGCCGGAUGUUCAGCCGUGAGUUUGUGGACUCCAAUGAGAGGGGCAGAGACCUGCGCUACCUCACCAACCUGCACAACAACGAAGCAGGCCGAAUGACUGUAUCAUCGGAGAUGCGUCAGGAGUGUAAGUGUCAUGGCAUGUCAGGCUCCUGCACGGUGCGGACCUGUUGGAUGCGCCUACCCAGUUUCCGCACAGUGGGAGACUUCCUCAAGGAACGCUUUGAUGGAGCAUCCAGAGUCGUUUAUGCUAACAAGGGCAGCAACCGAGCGUCUCACCGAGCAGACCCCCGACAUCUGGAGCCUGAAAACCCAGCACACAAACCCCCGUCCGUCAUGGACUUGGUCUAUUUUGAGAAAUCACCAAACUUCUGUUCCCACAGUGGCAAAUCUGGAACUUUGGGAACUUCGGGAAGAACAUGCAACAGCUCCUCUCCAGGCCUGGAUGGAUGCGAGCUGCUGUGCUGUGGACGUGGCUUUAAGACUCAAACCGAAAGUGUGACUGAACGAUGCCACUGCACAUUCCACUGGUGCUGUCAUGUCAGCUGUCUGAACUGUACCAGCUCACGAACAUUACACCAGUGUCUAUGAUCAAAGGUGGACACCUAGACGAGUGCAAGAGGCAUGAACGAGGAGCCAAAAAAGCCUUUUUACAUAAACAGAUCACUGGUUAAGGGGACCACAGGCACUCAGGAGGUUUGUGGUGUUCAGUAGAGGCGGGGAAAACUCCAAGCUUGAUAGAGUUAUCCUUCUGGAAGCAGAAUUCAAUCAGUAUUUUCAAAAUCCAAAGAUAAAAAACUAUUUUCGUGAACAGGGUACCAACAGUGUAAAUGUGCUUCCUCUUCACCUUUAACGGUAAAGUUUACAACACCUAUGUAGAGGAUUGAGAUAAGUUAGAGCUCUAAACGGGAAAAAACAGGUAUGUUUCAGGUUCUUAUGACAAGAGCAGAGAGAAUCAAACAUUUGAUCAUGUAUGAUGGUAAGGACUUCUGACUAGAGGAAAGUUUUAAUAACACAUCUGUUUUUAUUUUUUAAAUUAUUUUGGCCUCAGUUACAUGAAAAUUAGUAAUGAAUCCCUGGGCUGUGCAGCAUAGGCCUAGAUGUCUUCAGAUAUGUACAUUUUUUUUCCCAAUGUGUCAAUUUUUAUUUGACAUUUUUUCCUCAGAUGUCACUUAAACCUAAUAUCCCAUCUCCAUCAAAGAAAACAGAAACUGACACAGAACAAUUUGAAUGUAUUAUAAAUACACUGAAUAUUAUAGAAUUAGUUUAGCAAAACUGAGAGAAAACUACAAACAAUUCCAUGUUCUGGAUGAAAAUCUCAUGAUAAAACAGUGUUAUUAUAAAACUAAGUGUGCAGGAUUAAACCAGUCUAGGCUCAAAAUUUUUUAUUUGUCUAUAAAUUCAAUCGAUUGAGUGAAUCUUUUUUCACACGAGGAAGUUUACGCAAAAAAAAAAAAUAAUAAAGUCAAUGCAUAUCAGCUAAAGGAACCAAAAUGUUUUAUGUAUUAAAAUGUUAGAAUAUAUUUAUAAAGAUUUCACUUGCAGAUUUGCUAAAUGGUUUUUGAACCUAUCAGUGGCUGGAUGUUCAUGCCACAUUUAGUCAGUAAUUUUUUUAUUUUUUUAUUUUUAUUUUUUUACUUUAAAGCAGCUGAAAAAUGUUGCUAGAAACAGAAACUGAUUGCAAUUUUAUAUGCUGUCUGCAUUUGGUCAUGCACUGAAAUUUACUUUUUUAUGAGUGUAAAUAUAAAUAUUUAUUUUCAAGGAUUUUUAUACUGUUAUAGAUAAAUGUAAGAGCAGGUAUUUUUAGAUAUCAGUCAAAUAUUUAGGUUUUA